AUGCAGCGGCCCGGGGAUCCUGGUACCGCGUUCUUCGGCCCAGCCGAGGGCUGCGCGGACCACCGGCCGCACCGUUACCGCAGCUUCAUGAUCGAGGAGAUCCUCACCGAGCCGCCGGGGCCCAAAGGCGCUGCGCCAGCUGCCGCCGCCGCCGCGGCUGCCGGGGAAUUACUCAAGUUCGGUGUACAGGCGCUGCUGGCUGCCCGGCCCUUCCACAGCCACCUGGCCAUGCUGAAGGCUGAGCAAGCUGCCGUAUUCAAGUUCCCUUUGACGCCGCUCAGCUGUUCGGGACUCGGGUCCGCACUGCUGGCAGCGGGGCCUGGGCUGCCGGGCGCCGGGACCACACCGCACCUGCCGCUGGAGCUGCAGCUCCGCGGGAAGCUGGAGGCCCCCGGUCCCGGAGACCCGGGCACCAAAUCCAAGAAGGGACGCCGGAGCCGCACCGUCUUCACCGAGUUGCAGCUGAUGGGCCUGGAGAAACGCUUCGAGAAGCAGAAGUACCUCUCCACGCCGGACAGAAUAGAUCUCGCGGAAUCCCUGGGCCUGAGUCAGUUGCAGGUGAAGACUUGGUAUCAGAAUCGAAGAAUGAAGUGGAAGAAAAUAGUACUGCAGGGUGGCGGCCUAGAGUCCCCCACGAAGCCGAAGGGAAGGCCCAAGAAGAACUCCAUUCCCACCAGCGAGCAGCUCACGGAGCAGGAGCGCGCCAAGGAGGCCGAGAAGCCAGCGGAGACGCCCGGCGAGGCUGCAGAGCAGAGCCACGACGACUGA